AUGACCCCUCAGGACCGGCGUUCCCGCAGGCCCCGACCCCCCACAGCAGCUCCGCCGCCCCGCCAGGACAAGGCGCGGGCGGGCGCGGCGCAUGCGCGGUGGGGGCGCGGCGGGCCCGGCUGCUGCGGCGGGGCCAUGUCGGGCAGGAGGGUGCGCGGGCGGCGCGGCCCGGGGGCAGGGACCCGGACCCGGACCCAGACGCCGACCCCGGAGCAGCCGCGGGUGGAGCUGUCCGGCGGCUCCCCAAGGCCCAGCCGGUUCUGCCCGCAGUGCGGGCUCGCCGUGGAGCCCGCGUUCCGCUUCUGCCCGGCCUGCGGCGGGAGGCUGCCCGCGCUGCCCGAGGAGCACACCGAGCCCGCCGCGNGAGUCCAAAAACUAUUUGCUGGCACUGUACAGGAGUUCCUGUGCUCGCAGUCAGCAUCUGGAACCUGUCCACAAAAGCAAAGCUACUCCCUCAAACUUGAUGCCAAAGAUGGGAGGAUCUACAAUGAACAGAAUUUCUUCCAGCGAGCUGCGAAGACUGGAACAGUGGAGAAGUGGAAGAAGUGGCAUUCUGUGCCACUGCUGGGCAUCCCCAACUGCGUUGGCUUUGGACUGCAUGCAGACAGCUACAGGUUUUUGGUGUUCUCUGACUUGGGGCGAUCUCUUCAGUCGGUCCUGAGCGAUGGCCUGCACCUGCUGAGGGAGAAGGCGGCUUUUCAGAUUGCAAUUCGCGUGCUAGACUGCCUGGAGUACAUUCAUGAGAAUGAGUAUGUGCAUGGGGACAUCACUGCUGAGAACAUCUAUUUGAACCCAGCAGACCUCACACAGGUGACCCUCGCUGGCUAUGGCUUCGCAUUCCGGUACUGCCCCGGGGGGAAGCACGUGGCUUGGCGCGAGGGCAGCAGGACCCCUCAUGAGGGCACGGUGGAGUUCAUCAGCCUGGACAGCCAUAAGGGCACAGGACCAUCUCGACGGAGUGACUUGGAAUCUCUGGGCUAUUGUCUUCUGAAAUGGCUCUGUGGCAUUUUGCCUUGGUCUGAUGAGCUGGACAAAGUAAAAGCUGUGAUGGAACAGAAAGAAAGGUACAGAAUGGAUGUGAGAUGCCUUCUCCGACUGUGCUUCAGGCAGAGAUCCAUUCCAGAUGCCCUGGAGAGGUACCUGGAGCAGGUGAUGGCACUGGAGUAUGAGGAGAAGCCUGACUACACAGCCCUGCGGCAGCUCUUUGGGAAGCCACUGGAAAAGAUGAAAGCUUCAGCUUACGACUCAGUGGAUGUCCAAGUGGUGCCCUGAGAUCAAGGAAGAAUUCAGAGCUUUCUGCAGUGAGGCCUUUCCAAGAUAUAUUUUCACUUUUACCAGUUUUAGAUGAGAGAGGUUUUUAUAAGUGUUUUCUUCCCAUGUUAAUGUGACCCAGUGCUGAAGUUUGAGCUGCUGCUGUACCAAGUAAAUGUGAAGACACUCCUGCAUGGCAGAUCAGGGGAAGCAGUAGCUGGAGAACUGCAGUGGAGCCACUGUGAGCCGGGAAACAAAAUCAGGGAUUUUUCUCUUUUUCAUGAGAGUACAUGGUUUUGUAAUAAACUUUGUGGACAAGGACCCAA